GUGCAGAAUCCAAAAAAGUAAAUAAAAGGAGCCACGCUUUCACUUGUCAAUCAACAUAAUUAUAAUAUUUUCACUAUUAUGCGCCCCCGCUCAUUCUGAUUUUGGGCCGAACAACCACCAGAUUCGCCAUUAUUCUUGCCGUUUCUUCCUCUUCAAUCCACCGAUACGCCGUCGUAUCUUCCACGGUUACCAUUGCAUUUACUUUUCCGAUUUUAUUCUCCGAUUUAGUGUGUGAUGUAGUGGAGUGAGUUGAGUUGAUUCUGUGAUGGAUUUUUCGAAGACGAAGAUCUAUCAGCGGACGCGUGCGAGUUACGAUAAGCUUUAUCAAGAGUAUAAUCAGAAGAAGAGUAACGGAAGGCAGCGUACUGGCGGUGGUGGCGGUGGCGAGAAUUCGAAGGAUAAGAGUUCUAGAAAAUCGAGUGAGGUUUUAGAGUGUAGUGAUGGGGGUAAGAGCAGGAAUGGGAUUAAUGCUGUGGCACGGAGAACGAGGCAGGCGGUUCGAGGGAGGAAGAAAGCAGAGAUAGGUUCAUCGAGGGGUAAGAAUGUGGGGGAAGUUUUUUUGAUUGAUGAUGAUGAUUCAGAUGGUGAUGGUGUGCAGACGCGUGUUAGCUCUGGAGUUGAAGAGGAUUGUGCAAGUGAAGAGAUUGGUCAUGGUUCUGAGAAUGCUGAAAAUGAAUUAGAAACGGCGGUUAUGAAUAAUACUACUGCUUUGAACGGUGAUUGUUUAAAAGGGAAAGGGGGAUAUGGUGACGAGUUUGACAAAGAUGCCAAAGAUAGCAGUUUGAGUUCACGUGGUUUUCGGCUUUCAUCCGGUUUUCAAAUAUGUGAAAGCGACGAGGAUGAUGAGGUGGAAGGUAUAAUGUUCUUGGGUGAUGAUCCUACAUGUUUGGAUGAUUACGAUCCCUCACAUAGCUCUCGUGUGGAAAGCAACGAGGUAAAGGUGGACUCCAUUCAAACAGAUGCUGAUGCUAAGGUGCAGGGUCAAAAGUCAUUCGAAGAGGAAGAUAAUGACCGACAGAAGCCGGUGUCACCCGAAGAGGAUGGUAGUAAUUUGCCGGACAUAGAGCCGGUUACGGAUAAUAAUGUUGCACGAGAUAACGACGUUAUUAGUUUGAGUUCGUCCAGUGAGUGUGAGGUUGGUGAAAAAGAUGGACAUGCAAUGGAGGAUGAUGGCUUUAGUGCGUCGGAGAUAGAAGACGAUGACAACAAUGACGAUCUUGGCGAGAGGUUUUGGGAACUGCUUCAAAAGGAAACACUAGAUGAUUGUGAACCUAAAAAGAAGAUUCAGAAAGUUAUUGAUAUUGAGCGUGUGGUUAGUAAAAAGCGUGGUGGUAGCAGCAAAGAGGGGCAGUCGAAAAAGAGGCGGACUGAUGCAGAAUCUUCACAUGGUAUCGCUAGAAAUAGUAACAAAGGCGUUGAGGAUAGUUUUUGGGAAAUAGUUGACGAAAAGGGCCCCGAAAAUGUUGGGACGAGCACAAGCAAAAUAAACUACCAUUUUGGUAAAAUUAACGUAAUGGAGAUUCUCACAGAUGCAAUAAGGGAGGAGGGUGAUGGAGAUAACGUGCUUAAAAAGUACGUUGACGUUCCUCCGGAAGACAUUCUUCCGGAAGACAUUCCUAUAGAAAAAACUCAGGUUGACGAAGUAUUGUCGUAUAAGUUUAAGUUUGAAGACGAAGAGGAUAUAAAGCCGGAGAAAUUAGAAAGUGAGAUGGAAGUCGAUGGGCUUUUCGAUGAGCUGAACAUGUGCUUACAGUUAUCAGAAAUCGGCUCAUCCGACACUCGUGGGGUUAGAUGUGAUUCCGACUUCUUUGCGGAUGAUGCAAAUCAAGCUACGCGUUGUCGACGUGGAAAACACGCGCUAAAUAUUAACGAUGAAUUCGGGAUAGUUUGUAGAUAUUGUUCUUUUGUUGAGAUGGAAGUUAGAGAUAUUUUACCCCCUUUGAGUAAGAACGGAAGAGGCGGGCAUGGCAGACAUGACCAUGACCAUGACCAUGACCAUGACCAUGACAAAACCGACAACGUUAAGCUUUCCGACAUUAAUUUGCCGGACCAUCAUCAAGAGCGACAUCACGAGUUUAAAGGGGGUGAAUACGAGAAAGGGACAGUUUGGGACUUGGUUCCUGGUGUUAAAGAGUCCAUGUAUCCACAUCAGCGUGACGGUUUUGAAUUCAUGUGGACUAAAAUAGCUGGAGGGACUUACAUCGAUAAGUUAGAGAAACGACUUCCUACUGGCGGAAGUGGAUGCAUAAUUUCUCACGCUCCUGGAACCGGCAAAAGCCGUCUAACAAUCGUUUUUCUUCAGGCGUUCUUGAAAAUGUAUCCGAGUUCUAGACCGUUAAUCAUCGCCCCGCGGUCUAUGCUUCUUACAUGGGAAGAAGAGUUUAAAAAAUGGAAUGCGGAUUUUCCGUUUUUCAAUAUGAACGUUCGUGAGCGUUCCGGUCAAGAACAUAAAAUAGCCGUCACUCUGUUGAAAAAUGCCGGAAAGAUAAAAAGCCAACGUGGCCUUCGUUUACUAAAGUUGUUAUCGUGGAAGAAAACGCCAAGCGUGUUAGGAAUCACUUACCGAUUGUUCGAAAGCCUUGCUGGCGAAGAAGGAAAACGGAAACGAGACGCAAGCAAUGUCGCAGAGGAACAGAUGAAAAACUUUCUUCUUAAAGUCCCGACACUUUUAGUACUCGACGAAGGCCAUACGCCUCGCAAUGACCAAAGUCAUAUGUGGAAGACGUUGCUUAACGUCAAAACUAAAAGGAGCAUCAUUUUAUCCGGAACUCCGUUUCAGAACAAUUUCGAUGAGUUGUAUAACACCCUCUGUCUGGUGAAUCCCUCAUUAUCUUUCGGGAUUUCAUCGUUAAACGGUGUGUAUUCCGGUAAAAGACGUGGAUGGAAGCACACUACAGCGAAAGGUCAAUGGGAUUCCAUCACAAGUUCGGUUAAGAAAAGUCAACAAAAACUACUAGAACUUAAAGCCAUGAUUGACCCGUUUGUUCACGUGCAUAAAGGAACAAUUCUUCAAGAACGACUCCCUGGGCUAAGGGAUGCGUUGGUUGUUCUAAAGCCGACCAAAACGCAACAAACGCUUCUUAACAGGAUGUUGGGAUCAAAACUGACUAUUGAAAAAGACCAUAUAAUGUCGUUAGUAUCUGUCCAUCCUUCGUUGCUUCCCGAAAGCUCGUGUGACGUAGGCGGGUUGCACAAGAUGCUUAAAGUGUUUAAGAACGAUCCGAGCGCUGGAGUUAAGACCAACUUUUUAAUGGAACUUAUCCAGCUAAGUAUAGCGCAUAACGAAAAGGUUUUGGUUUUCAGUCGGUACAUUAAGCCGUUAGAAUUUAUAAUCAAACUUCUGAAAACGAAUCUCGGUUGGGAUGAAGGAAGAGAGUGUUUGUACAUGGACGGGCAGCAAGAAGAGAAACUGAGGCAAGGUUCGAUCCACACGAUCAAUGAUCCUAAAAGCGAAGUAAAGGUACUUCUUGCAUCAAUUAAGGCUUGUUCCGAGGGGAUCAAUUUGGUCGGUGCUUCACGAGUUGUGUUGCUUGAUGUGCAUUGGAAUCCAUCGGUUGAAAGACAAGCUAUAAGCCGGGCUUAUAGGCUUGGUCAAAAGAAAGUUGUUCAUGUUUACCAUCUUGUCACCGGUUCAAUGGAGAGUGAGAAGUAUAUUCGACAAGUUGAAAAGAGUCAUUUAUCUGAGUUGGUCUUUUCGUCCGAAAAUAAAGACAGUUCCAACCCUAAAAUAUCAUCUACCGUCUCGAAAGACAAGAUUUUGGAAGAAAUGGUGCACCACGACAAGCUUCGAAACAUGUUUGAGAAGGUGAUUUACCAACCGAAGGAAGCGGAUCUGAUCGACACAUUCGGUUGAUUAUGUGCCGAUUUGUGGACUACUCAGGUUUUUAAAGGAGACAUGAUGUUAGUGUGAUUGUUAUCCAGCACCAGAGUAGACUCUUUCAUGAAUAAUCGGUACAUGCGUGUUUUUUUGGCCUUUGCGUAACUUGUUAGACGGGUAGUUAAUUUGGAAGCUUUAAGCUUUUUAAUUUUGCUUAACGGAUUUUAGCGUCGCUUUUCGAUGAAUUCUACAUAAUUGUAAAGGUGAAAUGGAACUAAGGUUGAUACAAUGCUGUAAAAAUCUUUAAAUUUAACCUUUGAUGAUCACAAAGAUAGUUAUAUGUUAGCCGGCGAAA